AUCUUGCACGUAAAGCUGUUUUGAUAAUGUUAGAAGCGAAGCAUGUAACUACACUUUAUCCAAUUGAACAACCCAACAUGUCAAUCCUUCGAACAGUUAACAACGAGCUGCCUCGAGGAAACGUUAAAGGAGAUG